AAAAUAAAAAAAAAAUUAACUUUAACUUACAUUGGAACUAUAUACAUAUUACAGAAUCAUGACCACAGUAUAUGAGGAGAACGAUUUGGACAGAGAAUUUGCAAAUUUUUGGUCGCAAGUAAAUUGUUAUUCGGUAAUGAAUUUUCCGUACGAUCAGAGAUGCGAUUUUGUGAGAAGGGCCAAUAGUUGCAUACAUGGCACGAACUUCGUGCCAUAUAUACAACUAUUGUCGUGCAGCUUCAAAUGCCGGAAUCGUUUUGAAGAACAUGCCUUUGUCGGUCUCUUUAUGAUUCUAUGCUUUCUGUUGCUGCUCUCUGCCGGACACGUGGCGAAUGUUUACUAUUCUCCAGCACUGAAGGUUUUGUCUCGACUGCUUCGAAUGAACGACCAUUUAGCGGGAGUCACAAUAAUGGCAUUAUGCAAUACGAUACCAGAUUUGCUAUAUCAAAUAACUAUAGUUAAUGAUCGGGAAUGCGUAUUCGCCAACGACAUGGCAACAUCAUUGUUUGUGGUAAUGUUUAUAGGUGGAUUGGUCUGCUAUUUAACAACAUUUCAAAUGAAUGCUUUUAAUACGGUGCGAGAUCUGCUAUUCUUAAUUUUUGGCUCAAUGUUAUUGGAGUUGUGCUUGUUUACUGAUCGCUCAAUAAGUUAUAUUGAGAUAAUUGGAAUGAUAUUGGUGUAUGUCACCUACUUAAUUGUCAAUGUGAUCGACUUGAUUCUGAUCAAGUAUACUCUGAAAUUGUUAAGGCGUGAAUUACUCGCAUUAAACGAAAUGCCCGAUUCACCUGAAACUCUGGCGAAAAUAAAGUCCUUGACAGGUGAAAUAAAUAAACUGUCUAAGGAGGAACGCGUACAAAUUGUAAAACGACGUACAACCAACGCGAGGCAACAGAAUUUCACUUUCAUGACACAAGUUCCCAAUGAACAUGAAAAGCUUGAUAUUGACCAAAGACGCAGUUCACGUUAUUUCGAUAUGAAUCGGGGUCUCUUCAAAGACUUCAUCUUAGCAUUCAAGCCCAUUAAAUUAGAGGAUUGGCGCAAUGCCGGUAUUAUUGAACGAAUCUUUCUUGUGGUACGUGCUCCAGGUGUGAUUCUUUGUACCUUCUAUAUACCGUUAGUGGAUUACGAGGAACCAAAGAAUGGUUGGUCCAAGCUACUCAAUUGCAUCCAAAUAUGGUUUAAUCCAGCUUUAACAAUCACACUGGGAAAAUCUUUGCUUUUUAGAAAUAAGAAUCAAAUGUGGUAUAACAGCAUACCAAAUAAUAUGAUAUACGGCUUAUAUUCUCUGGGAUUGACUGUCCCAUUGUCCAUAUUUGUAUUCUGUCAAUCGGAUACUAGAGCCCCGCCCAAAUACCAUUCGGCAUUCUCGAUCUUAAACAUGACUGGAUCCGUUUUUAUAAUAUUUCAGUGCACCACCGAAUUAAAUGUAAUGAUCGAAAUGGUUGGCUAUCUUUAUGGCGUUUCAGACCAAUUUGUGAGCUCCACUUUAAUAACCGCAACCAAUUGCCUUGGUGAUCUAGCAACGAUUUUAACCAUGGCCCUGCAUGGAUAUGAGAAAAUGGCGUUCGCAGCGACCAUUGGGGGUGCGUUGCUUUGCAUUCUGUUCCACUGCGGCAGCGUGAUAGGGGUGAAGAAAGCAUUGGGCCAACACAUUACCUGGCAUGCCAUGGUUGGCAAUUAUGGUGGAAUAUUGUUUGUAAUAUUCACAUUUAGCUUACUUAUGAUGCUGCUAUGGACUACCUUGCUGAACUUUAAUGUGCGACGCUCGGUGGGGAUCUUCUCCAUGUCCAUCUAUGGUCUGUACGUAAUGUUUGCAGUUUUAAUCAAUAAGGGAAUUAUUAGUCCAUACGAGCAUGAGGCUAUAAACCCUGAAGUUUUUAUACAAAUAUAUUAUAGGAUCAUGGACACAGCGUAUGAGGAAAAUGAUAUGGACAGAGAGUUCGCCCAUUUUUUGUCAAAAGUGAAUUGUUAUACCGUGGUUAGAUUUCCAUACGACGAGAGAUGCGAAUUUGUGCAAAGGGCCAAUAGUUGCGUAGUUGGCACGAACUUCCUCCCAUAUAUGCAUUUAAUGGCCUGCAGCUUCAAAUGUAAGAAUCGCUUCGAAGAACACCUCUUUGUCAGCCUUUUUAUGAUUAUAUGCUUUGGGCUGCUGCUUUGCAUGGGACUUGUGGCGCAUAUUUAUUAUUCUCCAGCAUUGAAAGUUAUAUCGCGAAUGCUUCAUUUGAACGAUCAUUUAGCGGGAGUCACGAUAAUGGCAUUAUGCCAAACUAUACCGGAUCUGCUAUUUCAGAUAACCAUAGUUAAUAAUCGGGACUGCGUUUUCGCCAAUUACGCUGCAAGCUCUAUGUUCGUAGUGAUGUUUACAGGUGGAUUGAUCUGUUAUAUAACACCAUUUCAAAUGCAUUCUUUUAAUACGGUCCGAGAUCUGCUGUUCUUAAUUUUUGGAUUAGCGCUCUUUGAGUUACAGAUGUUUUCUCAUGGGGAACUAAGCUAUUUAGAGAGUUUGGGAAUGAUAAUUGUAUAUGUCGUCUACUUGGCUAUCAAUGUUAUUGACUUUUUCCUGAUCAAGUAUACUCUGAAAGUGCUUAGACGUGAAUUACUUGAAUUAAACGAAAUGCCCGAUUCACCUGAACAAACUUUGAGAAAAAUCUACUUGACCAAUGAAAUAAAUGAGCUGGCUAAGGAAGAACGUGUAAGAAUUUUAAAGCGACGUACAACUCGUACGAGGCAACAAAAUUUCACGUUUAUGACGCAACUUCCCAAUGAACAUGAAGGGGUCGAAAUUCAAAAAUAUCGUAACUCUCGCUACUCGCGUAUGAAUCAGCAUCUCUUCAAAGAGUUCCUCACAGCUAUCAAGCCGAUCAAUGUAGAAGAUUGGCGCCAUGCCAGUAUGAGUCUACGCGCCUUCUAUUUGGCGCGUGCUCCAAUUGCAGUCAUAUGUGCCAUUUAUAUACCCCUAGUGAACUACGAGGAACCAAAGAAUGGUUGGUCCAAGCUACUCAAUUGCAUUCAACUAUUCCUCAAUCCAGCUAUCACAAUCGUACUGGGCAAAUCCUUGAUUUUCAGAAAUAGGGGCAAGCUCUGGUAUAACAGCGUGCCUGAGGAUUGCAUAUAUGGCGUAUAUUCUCUGGUACUCACUGUACCAGUCGCCAUAUUUGUAUUUUUUCACUCAGAUACGAGAGCUCCACCUAAAUAUCAUUGGAUAUUCUCAAUUUUAAACUUGACUGGUUCCGUAUUUUUAAUAUUUCAGUGCAGCUCCGAGCUAUGUGUAAUAUUCGAAAUGGUUGGAUAUAUCUAUGAUGUUCCAGAUCAGUUUAUGAGUGUAACUGUAAUAGCUAUGGCCAAUCGCUUAGGUGAUCUGGCAACAAUUUUAGUAAUGGCCCUGCAUGGAUAUGAGAAAAUGGCGUACGCAGCGACACUUGGCAGCCCGUUAUUUGUCAUUUUGUUGCACUGUAGCGGUGUGAUAGCUCUGAAGAAAGCCUUCGGCCAAAAUAGUUCAUUCCAUACACUGUCUGGAGAUUAUGGUGGAAUAUUGUAUAUACUGUUCACAAUGGGUUUAUUUAUGACGCUUCUAUGGACGACCUUGCUGAACUUCAAUGCGCGACGCUCGGUGGGGAUUUUCUCGAUGUCCGUCUUUGGUCUAUUCAUAUUGUAUGCGAUUUUAAUCAAUGCGGGAAUCAUCAGUCCGUUCAAACGCGAUGGAUUAGUCACCGAUUCCUUUGAUAGUCAUUAGAAC